AUGGUCCGUGCACAUAUCAGUAAGCGCGCGUUUGCAGCCACUCCACUUUCAGUAUCCGUCGCACGAGAGUGGGCACAGUUUGAGUAUCAGUCCUCGCUCUUGACUUCUUGUGCACUGGGUGCAUACUAUUGCCCGGGCCCACAACCUCUCCGGGGCAUGUCCGGAUUCCCCGCGCAGCAACAAGUUCAGGCUCGAAAUGUGACAUUGGCGUCGGCGAGGUUGCCAAAUGGAAAACUGGGGGCGGGCGCAAAUUGGAACUUCGGCUUGCCCGUGAGUGGAACACCAGGAAUUCAAGGAAACCAACAGCGCACCAUGGGAAAUAUGGGAACAUUUGCCCAGAGCCUUAGUGGCUCGCAGCCUGCUACUUCUCUUGACCUAUCUGACUUCCCUUCACUAUCCGGGGCACCUCCACAAUCGCAAGCCUCAAACCCUGGGCAAUUAGUAUGGGCCAAUGCUAGUCAACGCGCUAUGCAGCAGACUCCUGUCCAGAGACAACAGCAUCCUACCUCUCAAGCACCAUCACGAGCACCGCAAACGCAAUCCCAUGUCCCCCAGCAACAAUCACAACCUUCGCAUGAUGACAUUUUCCCUUCCGGUGCUCAAUUUGCGAAUCGAUUAGAUGAUUUUCGGAAUGGCGGGCAAGGCAUAAGCGGUCAGCUAGGGGCAGGGACUCAACCACAAACAGGCAACAUUGAGGAGUUUCCACCGCUUGGACGGAAUGUUCCUGCUGAAUUGGGCCAAGAUCGACGUGGCUCCCUGAUGCAGAGUGCAGGGUUCGGCAGCUAUUCGUCGGGCAUGCCUUUUGCUGGCGCAAACCAGGCUCAGUCGACGCAGAAUCGCAACUUGAUUUCAUCUUCGAUAAACGGGCCGGAACGAAUGAUGUCGCCUGCGACACCGGGUGCGGGAGGAAUCGGGACAUCACGGUCGCCCGUCAACCCAGCUAAUGGAGUCCCUGGGCAGGAAAAAGAGGAAUCAAGUAGUGCCCUGAUAGCGAAUCAGCGUGCUCUCGCAGAACAACAGUCGCUACAGUUCCCUGCGCAAAAUCAGGAGUCGGCCGAGGGGGCGCAAAAUACUGAACAACAGCCCUUAUCUGAGAUGAGCGAACUUGAUAAAUUCGGACUCGCAGGCCUCCUUCGGAUGAUCCACAGUGAUAGUCCCGAUGUAGCGAGCCUUGCAGUUGGGCAAGAUCUGAUGACACUGGGCUUGGACUUGAAUCAACCGGAACCUUUACAUACAUCCUUCGCCUCACCGUUUGUCGCCUCAAUGACGGGCGUGCCUCUGGAGCAAGAUUUUGCCCUGCCGUCCUGUUAUAACGUUGCCAAUAUCCAACCCCUUCAGUCCCGAAUCCCUAGCUUCAGCGACGAGACACUAUUUUACAUCUUCUACAGUAUGCCGCGUGAUGUGAUGCAAGAAGUGGUAGCGGAAGAGUUGAUGGGUCGCAAAUGGAGAUACCACAAGAUUGAGAGAUGCUGGCUCACUCGCGACGAGACGUAUCCUGGCCCUGUUGACGUCGAGCGAGGUGUUAGCGAACGGGGAGUCUAUCUCCUCUGGGAUCCUGCCAGCUGGAAGAAGAUAAGGCGCGAGUUCAUUUUACGGUACGAAGACUUGGACAACAGGAUGGAUCCGCAGCGGAAUCUGGCGCGUGCAGGAUUUCCGCCUCAGGGGUCAUGA